CUUUGGGCGCGAGCGGUCGAAAGGCAGUUGGUGAGGGUUCGGUUGCUCGGUCCUGUCCGGCGGUACCAGCUCAGUCCCAUGGCUGAUUCUGAGGAGUUUCGGGCUUCUUCGCCACCGCCGCCGCCUCCCUCGUCUCCGUCGUCAGGCGCCUCUUCAUCGUCCCUCAGCAUGCCAGUGAGUUUGGGCUGGCGGGGUCCGAGCCGGAGCCACGGUCCAACGGUGGACCCGCUGGAGCAAGUGGAGCUGCAGAUCGGAGAUGCGGCAUUUUCAUUAACUAAACUCCUCGAAGCCACAUCUGCAGUAUCAGCUCAAGUGGAAGAACUUGCCCUGAAGUGUACAGAAAAUGCACGUUUCCUUAAAACGUGGCGAGACCUCCUGAAAGAAGGCUAUGACUCGCUGAAACCCGACAACUAAUGCCUGGCCCAGAAGAUGCUGGCACAUGGACCGCAUGUGUGGGGCUGCCCGACUCCAGACAUUUAUACUGAGAAUGAAACUCUUCUUAGUAUUCUUGCUCUGUGAAAGCAGAAUACUGAACUCCUCUUAUUUGCUUAUGCGUUUUCCCUGAUAUGACAGUGUUUGCCUUAAGUGCUUUCUGCCCUCUAAGCUUCUGUAGUCUUCCUUUAUGAGAGCUAAUUCCAUCAGUAAGUAACUGUCAUACUAGAGAGAAGAUGACAAAAAUGCUUGAGUUGGGAGUUGACCCCGGUGUGUCUCUUGAGGCAGGCGAUGAAGAUUUCAGGAGCAUGGUCCAGCCCCACAGACUUCCCUUAUCCCAAAUCCCACAGCCACCCCCACAGCACUCACUAUCUGUGAAUAAGACUCGAUGAGUAUAAUUGAAGGAAAAAUACUCUUUUUUUUUUUUUUUAUGGGAAUUUGACAUUUUUUUUGCCUUGAAGCAGUCUCCCUGUGAAGGCUUCUGUCUUAGUCUCUUGAGGGCCAGGACUUCUGGUGUGCAACACCGUGCCCAGUAGAAAGUUUUGAAUUUUGAUGAUGAUUUUAAAAUAUAUUUUUACUCAUUCUAUGACUAUUUUUAAAAAAGCUUUUACUUCAUAAAAUGAAAACUUUUAUAGAAUGCAUACUUUUUUUUCCUAUUUAUUUUUAUACUUAACUGCUUCCAUAGUUGAUAUUUCUCUUGUUGGUGUUCUAUAUGUUCAAUUGCUGUCUUUGAAAUAUCAAAUUUAUGGCUGUAUGCUAAGUAUUAUUAAAUGGAGCUUUGCAAGUUAUUUAUGUAAUUCUAAAGUUGGUUUCCAGUGUCUAACGUUUAACCGUUUGUAUGGGUUUGCUGUCAGUUGACCUUAGUGUUAAGGUUCCAGUUUAUCUGUACUGUGUUUUAUGUAUUUAGUGCCAUCUGUCUUCAAGCCAUGUACUACUUUGAUACAUAGGAGUUUGAAGUAUCUUUGAUGUGAUGUCUGUGUCGAUACAUUGCUGUGACUAGAACUCUCACUGGGAGCUGUGGUAGGGGACAAAUGGAUGGGCAAAGACUAGUUUUGACAUAGUCAAAGUGAUUUUAUUUCUUUAAGAUCACACAACAUGGGGUUGGGGAUUUAGCUCAGUGGUAGAGCGCUUGCCUAGCAAGCGGAAGGCCCUGGGUUCAGUCCCCAGCUCCAAAAAAAAGAAAAAAGAAAAAAGAUCACACAACAUGUAUAGUGUGAUUUCUGUACCAAAGAAUGCAGAAUGCUUAUUUCUGUAUGAGAAAUACUUAUAUAUUCUGAAAAUUGCAAUUUAAAAAAUAUAUAAAAAUAAAUGUAUUACAAGUA